CGGUCGUCGUCUCCGGUCUCUUCCACCUUCUACUGCCUCUCAAUCAGUUGCAGUCUCCACCAUGAGCAGAUCAGGACAGCCUCCAGAUUUGAAGAAGUACAUGGACAAGAAGCUUCAGAUCAAGCUGAAUGCUAAUAGGAUGGUUGUUGGAACACUGCGUGGGUUUGAUCAGUUUAUGAAUCUUGUGAUUGACAACACAGUGGAGGUGAAUGGCAAUGAGAAAACUGAUAUAGGGAUGGUGGUUAUCAGAGGAAACAGUGUCGUCACUGUAGAAGCUCUUGAACCAGUUAGCAGACCACAGUGACCUUGGUUUUCCCA